CGUAACCAUAAGCCCAACACCCGGUCAAAUUACUAGCCAGACACGAUGGCCGCCACCGCAACUCCAGUCGCAAACGGAACGCCCAGCUACGGCGAGGCUGUCAAGCGUGUCACUUCCAUCCCUCUCGUCUCCGAGUCUCUGACGUUCGCUCAGUCCACCAUCGACGCACACCCUCUUCUCCUGGCCCGUCCCUACCAUCUUGGACAGUCCGUGGUCACCAAGGGUCUGGACGUUGCUCAGCCCGUCACCGCUCGCAUUUCCCCUCAGCUUCAGAUUGCUGACCAGUGGGCCGUCAAAUCUUUGAAUUUUGCUGAAUCCAAGGUGCCAUACCCAUUCCACGCCACCUACACUGAUCUCUACUCGGCCGCGCGCUACCCUGCCGACCAGACUCUCCAGCUGAUCCACGCUUAUGCCGCUGCUAUCAACAAGGCCUACGAUGAGCGCGUCUUGUCGCCCGCUAAGAGCGUCUACAGCAGUCGCGUGGCUCCUUACAUUCAAGCUGCCGAGAAGAACUUCCAGGACCUCCAGGCUCAGAACGCGUACGUCGCUCGUGCAGUCGAGCUCACCCAGGGUCUAGUCAACAACCUUCAGCAGCAGGUGAACACCAUUCAGAGCGGAAGCCGCGCCCAGGCAGACGCUGCCAGCAAGAAGGCCCAGGCUACUUCUCAGGCCAUCUUCGCCGAGCUGGACCGCGUUCGCUCAUUCGCCCAAGCUCUCCCUGCCGAGUCUCGCAAGCGCUUCGACCCAGCUCUCCAAACCUUCACCGACGCCUACGAGACUCUUCGUCGCGAGGCUCUCGACAGCAAGGUGCCCCCUCAGGAGCGUCUAAACCGUAUUGUCGCCUACGUCCGUGAGCAGACCAUCCCUGCUCUGCAAAAGAGCUUGUCCAACGGCAGUGCUCCUCAGGCAAACGGUGUCGCCAAGUAAAGCAACAAACGAAGUCAAUACUGGUGCAGCUCUGACUGUUUGUGACCCUUCACACAUGUGAAGCAGUUUCUUCAUAGAUUUGCGACGCGCACCCUCUUGCUGGAUUAUGAGCCUGUCGAAGGCUCAGUCGCGCGGAGUGUCGCACCUCGCUUUGUAACAUUUUCCGAGCUCGGCUCCUUCUUUUAAGUCAAAUCCCACUUCCCCCCUCAAAUCGUCAUUGUCCCCGUUUCAAUGUUCAGGUUCCCACAUUUCGAAGUUUUCACGACACCGC